AUGUCUGAAUCCACAAGAGUUUCGAUCCCCGAGGGCCACCCUUUCAUCCGGACCAGAUCAGGAAGAAAGAACCGCAGGCGGAAGAGCGGCGGCAACCGCCAUGGGACAAACAACACAAGCACCGGCGGUCGGCCAGAUCAGGGUGAGAAUGUUACCGGCUCACGACGUGCCGCCCGUGACGUCCAUGGUCUAUCGAGACGGGAGGCGGACCGGGACUUGAAGAAGGUCCUCAGGUCGCGUUCGUUCACUCCGGUGAGACAGGUGGCUGCCGCAGCUCAGCCCAAGGAAGUGCCCACAGACUGGGUUCCUCCUCCGUCGACCCCGUCGACAGAGUCAUGCGUCCGUGGGGUGAUCAGCGUGGAGGGCUAUGACACGGACAGUUCGUCAUCAACGGUCAUUCCUCCGGUGGUGGACCCCGAAAGGUCAAGAGAACACCGGAGGAUUCUGUACGAGGCUCUCGGCCAGCCGAUUUCUCUCCUGUACACCGAGGAAAGAUUGGAGGAUCGUCUCCGGGGCCUGCCGUCUCCGUUGGACAUGCCUGCGUUUGUCAGGGCGCGCGUCAAACCGCUCUUCGACGACGUCCACCUGGAGGUCCUGAGAGAUAGGCGAGGGGGUGACCGCGGCUCCUCCGUUCGGUGUUGGGAACUGGCGGGAACCGUCGUGGACAAUGUUGCAUCGGGAAGAGCACCCGAUGACGUCCCGAGACACCACCGACCACAAGGGCGUCCGCGUCUCACACUGCGAAUGGGCAAACGCUGA